UCGAGCUCGGAGGUGCUUACUUUAGUUAGCUCCGGUAGAAGUCGGUGUUGAACGAUCGCGCAUUUAGUAUACGUGUUAUUAAAGAUAUAAACUUGGAAAAGAGUCGUGCCAUUGCAGUAUUUAAAUGGUGAUAACUUGGUUAAAUAUAUAAAAAAAGUUGAUAAAGUACAAAGUCUUCAGACAAACUCAAAACAAAUUAUUUACAGUUUAAGGUGAAAUUGCAUAUGCAAGUGAAAAAAUAUACUUUAUUGUACCAGUGAGAAAAUAAACACUUUCAACACUUGAAUAAUUAUUCGAAGAAAUCCAUAAUGUCUAAACUAUGGGCGGCAUUAACGCGUCAAAAAACUGACGACGUCAAUGAGUCAGAAUCCAAAUUAGCGCGAGUUUUAACACUAAUCGAUUUGACAGCGUUAGGCGUUGGUAGUACGUUAGGUCUAGGAGUCUAUGUAUUAGCCGGUUCCGUAGCAUACAAUAUAGCUGGUCCAGCUGUAACGCUGUCAUUUUUGAUAGCUGCUGUCGCAUCCGCUUUCGCUGGUAUAUGUUAUGCCGAGUUUGCAGCACGCGUGCCAAAAGCAGGUAGUGCCUACGUUUACAGCUAUGUGACAAUUGGUGAAUUUGUUGCCUUCACAAUCGGUUGGAAUUUGAUAUUGGAAUAUGUAAUAGGCACGGCGAGUGUAGCACGUGGUUUGAGUGGUUACUUUGACUCGUUAAUCAAUAACAGCAUGUCUAAAGCUUUAGAAGAAGCAAUGCCAAUCAAUGCUGGUUUCCUUGGCAAUUAUCCCGACUUUCUGUCAUUUGGUAUGGUUUUACUCUUGGCAGCGCUUUUAGCUUUUGGUGUCAAAGAAUCUAGUUUCUUAAAUAAUAUAUUUACCACUGUUAAUUUGGUGACGAUUGCAAUUGUUUUGGUAGCAGGCGGUAUUAACGCUAAACCUUCAAAUUGGAAGAUACCUGCAGAUCAAGUACCUAUUGUAGAAGGUAAAGAUUUUGGCACAGGCGGUUUUAUGCCCUAUGGCAUUGCAGGCGUUAUGGCUGGUGCGGCAAAAUGUUUUUAUGGUUUUGUUGGUUUUGAUUGUAUUGCUACCACCGGUGAAGAGGCUAUUAAUCCUAAGCGCAAUAUACCAUUGGCUAUUGUUAUAUCACUGAUUAUUAUAUUUUUGUCUUAUUUUGGUGUGUCAACCGUUUUGACAAUGAUGGUACCCUAUUUCGAACAAGAUCCACAUGCGCCUUUCCCUUCUGCAUUUGAAAGUAUCGGUUGGGAUACAGUUAAAUGGAUUAUUACUAUUGGUGCUGUGUUUGCUUUGUGUACUAGCUUAUUGGGUGCUAUGUUUCCUUUGCCACGUAUUCUAUAUGCUAUGGGUAACGAUGGCAUUAUGUUCAAGAAAUUAUCAACAGUACAUGAUUACACACAAACUCCUCUGCUAGCUACGAUAAUAUCUGGAAUAUUUGCAUCUAUAAUGGCAUUACUUUUCGAUUUGGAUCAAUUGAUUGACAUGAUGUCAAUUGGUACAUUAUUGGCCUAUACAAUCGUCGCUAUAUGUGUUUUGGUGCUUCGUUAUCAGGAUGAGCAAAUGUUUACACAAGUCACUAUUAGCUGCCCAGUUGUUUUGCGUCAAUUAUUCAAUAGUAAUAAAUUUAAGGAACCAAAUAUUUUAACCUCAACCAUAACCAAAGUAGGAGUAGUUGUAUUCGCCAUUGUAUGCAUAAUAUGGUGCAUAUGUGAUAAAUACUAUGAUCUGGAUUCUACAGAGGGCAUCAUUACGUUAAGUGUCAUUGCUGCUGCUUUAAUAUUAAUAUUGAUUAUCAUAGCCAUGCAGCCAGUUUCAACCAUUGAGCUUACGUUCAAGGUGCCACUGGUGCCACUUGUGCCGUGCUUAAGUGUAUUUGCAAAUUUAUACUUAAUGUUCCAAUUGGACGUAUACACAUGGAUACGUUUUCUGAUUUGGGUCGCCAUUGGCUAUAUAAUUUACUUUACCUAUGGCAUUCGCAAAUCGACACAAAUCCAAAGGAACAGAAAUAAUGCAGAAGCAGCAUUACGUAUGCAACACACAAAUCAAGCCUUCGAACCAGAUUGGAAAUCUGAGCACAUCAUAGCCGAAAAGCAUUAAAAGCAACGCUUAUUCAGCAUUUUUAAGAGAGCAGAGAUUUAAAGUAUUUCGAAAAUUUUAUUAUUAUUAUUUUUAUUAUUUGAAAACAGCAAAUAUUUUAUUAUAUAGUGUUUAAUGUA